AGACCGAUGUGCGCCCCAGCUGAGGCGGCCCGCCCGCAGGCCCCGCGCUGAGGAUGGGGGGCCCCCUCUGCCCCCCCGGCCGCGGCGGCCGCGGUGGCGCCCCGGUGCCACUGAUGCCGCUGCUGCCGCUGCUGCUGCUGCUGGCCGGACUUCCCUCGCACCCGGUGCUCUCCGCGCGCCAGGAAGGGUCGUGCCGGUUUCCCAGUCGCUGGGAGGGCCAGUGGUUCCAGAGCGGGGUGCGGCAGGGCAUCACCAUACAGCACAACAAGCUGAGCAACAAGGGCCGCUGUGUGGCGUCGGACGGCGAGAAGUACCUCGUCGUGGACGAGAAAGGCUCGUGUUAUCGCUGUGUCGUCAUCCACGAGAAGCAUGUCAACGUCCUGCAGUACAAAGAGACCUUCUGCCAGGGCCACACGAGCCUGGACCAGCUGUGCAAGCUCAUCACCGGGGACGCGCUGCUCUUCUCCAUGUUCCGGCUGGGCGGCUCCCCCGUGGCGUGUCCCUUCCGGGGCCCGCUCGCCUUCACGUACAACCGCGGCCACGGCGACUGCCGCUCGCCCAUGUCGUCCGUGGAGGCGUGCACCCAGGAGUCGAGGCUGCUGCUGCGGUACCAGGCCUGCCCGGACGUGUACGGCACCGAGAGCACGGUGGAGGAGCUGCAGUGCAUGGCGACGUGGAAGGAGGGCUCGGCGCGCUACCUCGUGGGCAAGGUGCACCACUCGCACGCCACCUCCAACGAGGACCGCUUCCGCUGCUUCGUCUACGAGCAGGUGAACGCCCACGGCAGCAACGGCCUCGGCAACGGCCUGGGCAACGGGCUAGCGCUCGGCCUGGGCGGCCUGGAGGAGGAGCCGGGGCUGCCGGUCCGGGGCCACGACGCGGGCGUCGUGUUCAGGGUCGCGCAGAGCGGCGACGCCACCUGCAACGGGCUCUCGUCCGACAUGGAGGGCUCCAGGACCAUGACGCUGUACAAAGCUGAAGCGGCGGCGCCGUCGCGCUGCAAGUUCCCGAGCUGGCUGUCGGCCCACGCGCACUGGCACACGCUGGACUACCGGCGCUCCUACUCGCUGCACCAGAAGAACACCAGCCUCAAGAUCUCGAACUCCACUGCCGGCUCGGAUCUCGACGACAUGGACCACGACGGCCGCGACGGGGGCCGGGGCCGAGGCCAGCAAGGCCCCAUGGUGGACAUGCUGGACCCCGUCGUGGCGGCGGCCACGGGCCUCGACCCCCAGGACGGGGUCCACGACGAGAUGAGGGUGACGUGCACCGAGGCCAAGCUGGAGAACGAGCGCACCGCGCACAUCGUCACGCACUUCACCAUGGGCUGCCAGAGCGGUUUCCUGUGCAUGCAGUUCUACCGGCGGGACAGCCACGUCAUCGAGCUGCAGACAGGGGCCCAGGUUCGCCGGCAGGAGGACGCCUGCCUACCGGCCAACUUCGAUCGCACCACGCUGCCUUUCACCACCCUCGUCACGUCCAGCCCGGAGCCGAAGCAGUGCCCUUACAUGGGCAAGUUCAGCGUGGCGGGCCUGCUGCAGGAGCGCAGGGCGCGCUCGGCGGGGGGCAGGGCCUCGGCGGCGUCGAGCUCGUCGCCCGGCCGCUGGUACCGGCGCGCGCUGCAGGAGUACAACCCGGAGGACGACGAGGGUGGCCUCGGCGAGGACGAGGACGGCGAUGAAGACGGAGCCUACGACACGCCCAGGGAUCUGAGGAGGAGGCCGGCUGGGAUCGAUGACCCACAGGAGGAAGCCCGCCUGUUUAACAAAAAGAAGAAGCAGCAGGAGGAGCGCGACGCCCGAAUCAAGGCGGACCUGGAGGAACGGCAGGAGUGGCUGAAGAAGCAGCAGCAACAACAGGAGGAGCAGCAGCAGGGCGGCAAGGCGCAGGCUGCGCAGCAGGGGGCGUCCUUCACGCACCGCGGUCUGCAGCGCAGCCUGCACCACCAGGUCAAGACCCACUCCAAGCGGAGCAGCGGCCACAAGGCCGUCAUCGAGGUUGCCCACGCCGUUCGCGCGUCCGCCGAGGACGACGACGAAGACGAGGACGAGGACGACGAGGAAGAAGAAGACGAGGAAGUUGAGGAGGAGGAGAUGGACGGCGCCAUCCCUGACCCCAGUGACCUGCACGUGGACAAAGUGCCGGGCGCGGUCCACCGUCUCGGCAGCAGCGGCAACGGCAACGGCAACAGCAACACGAACACCAACAUCAACGGCGGCGGCGGCGGCGAGGGCCGGGGGCAGGGCGGCCGCUACAGGCCGCACACCCCGGAGUACGGCAACAUCGACGACCUGCUCGAGCCCAGCAAGUCGAGCACGCACUGGGGGACGUACCCGAGCGACGAGAGGUUGCUGGAGCUGGACAGCAAGAGUUCAUCGGCCGGCUCGUCGAAGAGCACCCGUGGCCGUCGGGUGCGCGGGCUGGGGAGGCACCACGCUGCGCACGGCCAGGGCCACGGCCAGGGCCACGGCCACAGCAGGAGGGUGCGGCGGGGCUUCGGCUACGAGGGUGGCCUGCCCGGCCUGGCCAGCGUGGACCCCUGCGAGCGGGACCCCGGCGCGCCGGGCCUGGGCACGGCCAGCGCCGGCACCGGCAGCAUGCACCUCUACAUGGGCUGCUCCACGCAGGACACGAUGGAGUUUAGGAGGGACUGCGGGGCCCCAGAGCCGGAUGUUGUAUCUGCGUACUCCUGCCACGGUCGCUGGGAGGAGAACGGCACGCACUUCCUCAUCACGACGCCGCUGCCGCGCUCGUCGCGGGCCGUGAAGCGCUACUGCUUCGUGUACCGCGAGCAGCCGGGCGCGCCGGGCCAGCCCGCCGUGCUGCACUUCUCGUCCAGCGGCGAGUCCUGCCAGCGGGCGCUCACGGCCAGCGGCGCCCACCGGCACCCCGCGCCGCCCGUCGCCUUCAACAUCACCAGCUCAGGCGAGUGCAUGGACACGAGUGCAGGUGCACGAUCCAUCCCGUCGAGAAGUCGUCUGCUGUCGGGCGUCGUCGCUCUUGUGAUAUUACUAGCCCUAAGGUGAUGCUCGCCCUUCCCUUAGCCAGUGAUUCUGAGGGAAGCAAAGUCAUGUCUGUAGAGUACGUAAAAAUAAUGAUGGUUGCCUAGUUUCUACCUUGCAUUUGUCUUGUGUGACAUUAAUAAUAAGCACUUCUCUCUUCAUGAUUUUAUUUUGAUUUACAUUUGCUUGUUUUGGAACAGGCAGUUUGGCAUGAUGUUUACUAGUUAGUGACAUGUCUACCUGAAAAUUGUAAUGUAAUGUUUUUAUAUAUGCUCUUCCUAAAACUAACCAGAAAAAAAAGGGUUUUUUCAAUGAUGUGAUCAUGUGAUAUUGAUACUUCUUUGCUGAGGUGUCAGGGCAGUUAAUGAACUUCUAAAGGAAUUAUUUCAUAUACAUAUAUCUAGAAAUUCUACAUAUUUAUCAUCUUUUUGAAAUGAUGUAGGGGUAACAGUAUCAUUAUCAUAGUGUAAUAUUGUAUGAUUGUGUAAGAAAGUUUUUACGGGUGAAAAAUGAAUUGGAAAGUGAUCUGGGAAACAGGAAACCUCUUUAUAAAUUUGGACAGAUCAUAUUGGAGUAAGCGUUUAAUAAUGUUAAGUGCCACUAUAAACAUUGCUUUGCAGGCAAUAUCAAUGAGUCUUUAAGAAUUAAUUUGGUUACUAAAAAGACUAUACAAGCCGGCAAAGUUUAAAAAUUGUGAUAUUAAUUUUGAGAUAGAUUCAACUUUGUAUGAAAAUUUCUGUAGGAGGUACUUCCCAAUCAUUAGGGAAAAAGAGGUUGUCAACUAUGGCUGAAUAUUAUAAGAGUGUGUUUAUCUGCAAUAGAGGACCUAUGGUGCUAGAUAAUUAUGUCUGAUCACUGUGAAAAAGAUGGUUGAUGUGUUAUGUAUGAGUUGUUUCAAUACCCUGAAGAGUUGAUUUUUUAUCAGAUGUAUGGAACAAUUUGUUCCAACAUUUUAGAAGCUUGAAAACAGUGUCGUUGAUUCAAGCGAUUAUAAAAGAAGAAAUUACAGUUCUUGAUUUUUGGAAAUCGUAUUCUAAAGCAACAACAUAGGCCAGUAAGAAUGUCUGUAUGUCUGAAAUCUCAUUUUACAGUAAUCCUUAUCUCCACCAUACACAAACGAUGAAAGUGCAAAUUUCACAAUAGAAUUUUAAAUUUAAGUAAAGUCUAUACACAAUUUAAGUUGACAAACCACUCACCUUUUUUCAUACAUAUGUUUAUUAAUACAUUUAAAUUGACUUAUUGCAUCAUCUGUGACAUCAGUUUAUUUUAAGAAAGGUGAGAACUUUUAAAACACCUCCUUUUUUGUUUUUUGUUGUUUUGUUUUCGACUAAUUAUAAUUAAGGAAAUAGGUUAUAUUCAUGGUAUUGUAGUACAAUUAUGUUUAAAAGAAAACUAUUGGUCAACUACUGUACCAUUAUCAAAUUUUAUAAUGGAGGCACCAACUCUCCGACUUAAUAUGAACCCUGAAAAAAUAAGCAAUAAGCGUUAUCUGUAGUUUAAGUUACCGUACCCUUUGCUUCUAUCCCUAAGUAGUGCACAGUGUACAUUUUUUCUGUAUAAAUUUCAUGGCAUGAUAUAUUUAUUUUCUUAUUUCUUUGUAGUAUAAUGUUUUAACAUGAAAGGGUCGAGCUCUACCCUUGUUUUCUAAUAGUAUGCAAUCAGUCUGCACUGCAAUAUUCUUGUGCCUACUCAAAUUGUUUUUAUUUUACUAUUUUUCUGUUCUCAUCCUUUAGAUCCUCUGGAUUUUCCGUUUUGCUUGCUCAAUAUGGCUGUUGAAACAAUUCUUAGAAUGAAAUCACUCAAUAGAAUAAUUUUUUGUUAUCAAAAGAAAUUGAGAAACAGUGAUGUGGUGAGUGUGAGAAGGGGCAUAUUGACCAAUUUGGAGAUGGGUUGAAAUUGUUAUUAAAGAUCAAGUGAAUUGAUUGUUUUAAGUACCUGGCAUUGUUGAAAAAAAUAAUUGUGCUGCGGGAUUUGGGAUGAAAGAGCAACACUGGCUUAUAUUAAGAAACCUGUACACACUGUUCUUGUAGAAGGUAUUCAAACAAUUUUUGUAUUACUUAUUUCUUUUACAGUCUUAAUUUAUACUUUGACUGCAAGUUAAAUUUGGUACCAAGCAGUCAACAUUGUGAAACACAAUCAUUUUUCUCAAAUUUGGCUUUAAAUUUGAGAAAUGAAUGCUAGAUUGAAAGUAAGCAUUUUUCGAUAAAGUAUGGUCUGGAACAAGGGAUUUGCUCAGAGACACGUUUAGUGACAGGUGAUCUGAAAUUGUGAAGGUUGACCUAUCACUUAAGUUAUGGACUGCAUUCAAAAAAAUGCCCUGCCUUGUAUUUUAAAGAGUUGCAGUUUGUCAGUUUGUAAAGAAAUGUAAAUUGAAAGGGUAUAUGGGGAAAGGGGUCUUGUACAAAUGUAUGCACAUGGUAUAUUUGGUAUGAUUGGACUGCAUUCAGUUUGUUAGACAAUGUAAAUAGCUCUUGUGGUACUGUAUAGUGUUAUGUUUUUGCUAGGCAGCAAACGAUCAAAAUUAAUAAGAUUUGUUAUCGUACAACCUACUGUUAUUCUGGUGCUGUUGAAUCUUCUUGAGAAUGUACAAGAGGCAUCUGUCCCAAAUUAGUGAUUAGUUGUUCUUCUAUAUGGAGAUGUUAUGCAAUUUAAUUUGUAAAAGCACAACUUUUUUUAGUUCUCAGAAUUCUUUUACGGGAUAUUUCUUUGCUCUCUUUUUAAGAUGUAGAUAAAACACGAGUAAUGAAAGUGCACACCUAAUGCAGAUCAAAAUUAAAAUGAAAGCUGUCACUGAUUUUCUUCAUUCAGUGUUAUGUAAUAAAAUUAUAUUUAUAUAGAAGCUUAGAGGGGUACAUUUUUAAAAACAAUUAUCUUGAGCAAUAAACUAAGACUUGCUGUGGAAGAUGGUUACAUAGAGAAAAUCCAUUGUUACUUUGUUGUAUGUUCCAUUAAAUGUGACUUUCUCUAAAUUUA